AUGCAAAGGAUAAACUUUGAUUGUUCGACGAAAAAUAUCCCAAUACCAACUAAUAAAGAAUACCACAAAAGGCUGAUUGAAAUGAUCUGGCAAACUGAUCAGCAGAAUGCGAUGACGUGCCUACCACUUCCUAAAACCAUCUACAAUAAACAACGAACAGCAAACUUAUGGAUUCAAAUCAAAGAAAUCCCACCACAAGUACCCGAGCUAGACGAGUUUGAAACCAAGAUGACCAAUAUGAUCCAUAACAUCGAAUUCAGAACACCUAGGCCCUCGGAGUUCCAACGCAAACUGUCUGAACACACCGAAGCAAUCAAUAACGACGCCAACUUAUAUAUACCAGCGGAUAAGACUACAAACUUCCUCAGAAUGACCACCGACAAUUACAAAUCAUUAUUAAAAAAGAACGUAGAGAAAGAAUACAAGAAGGCACCAGUAGACACA